AUGAGUGAACGGCACAGUACAUUUGUGAUCACACAACUAGUAGUAGUAGAAUAUCCUCCAUCAACGACUCCUGCAACGCAUUGGUCCGCGCUUUCAUUGCCAAUGAACUCGUGCAGCUGAAAAAAGCGACCCCCAAGCAUGGAGUAAACCCAGUAAACCCUUCAAAUGCUUCUCUUAAGUAUGUAUCCUUUAAUCAAUGGGCUUGUUCCAGGCGCCAAUUCGACCGCCACCGUUCAUGUUUUCAGUGGGCUCGCUCGCUCGACGUAUGUUCCACGUCAGUCAAAUUCUGAGUGCCGGUGCCCAAUGCCAGUUCCAGUUCUCCUUGUGGCCUUAGCUAGUUCCUGACCCAUCAAACCAGGCGUGGGAGGUAGUCUCCCUUGAGCAGAUUCAGGGCGCAGGCCCUCAGUUUGGACGUGUUAUCGCCACUUGUCGUGUCGCUGAAGGCGUGGGUUCAGAAAGGCCAAACGCGCUCUCCGAGUCUCCGAGUCUCCGAGGACAGGGAGAGGGAGUUCCUCCUCGCUCUCGUUCGCAUCUGUUCCGUCCAUGACGACACGGUUCCAAUGAAAACUGGGAGCAGUGUGAGAGAGGAGAAAACCGUUCCAGAGGCUUCAGAAGGAUGCGGCUAGAUGGGUUGUUGUGGUUGGGACAGAAAGACAAUUCACAAUAGACAAUUGUUCUUGAGUUGUGCUUCUCGUGAAAGCCACAAUCCCUUCUACACGAGUUGGCAUACAUGUAGUGAAAAAAGUAGUGACAAACCAGCUGAUCCGUUGGUGAUUUCCAAUCCAUGGGGUCUAGCAGGAUCUCUUGACAUGAAUGCAAACUAGGCCAAUCACGAUGGAUUUCAUCCACGAAUUGAUCUCGUACUUUUAUUGGUACUUCCGUCCAAUCAUCAAAGGCUUCUUACGCCUUACCACUCGCCUUUGUGAACUUCAGCGGAUUUGCUACGGAGAGCCCAAGGGUGGGCCUCGAACUUGUGGUGUAGAAAACUCGAUGAUCCUGAGUCGUGAUCCAGACAUAGUCAAAGUGAUUAAGAGCCUCGAUGAACAAAUCUCCGUAGGUGCCUUCAAAUCCACGCAAACAGAGAAAGAAGUUUUAGUAAAUGCGGUGAACACUAUUCUUGUGACCAAAAGAAUUAAAAGGGAUCUCCACCGACAAUUUGAGGUGUCGUUACGUCAUUGUCUUCGCCAAAUUUGGGGCUACAAGCAACUGGUUCAAGAGGUGGAAAAGCUUCGUUCCGAAGGGUUUGACUCUGAAAAUUUGGAGCACGAGCGCACCCUUCUACAACUUUGGGCGCUCCUUCAGCCCGGUAUUCCAUUGACCACCCGGAAGACGAAGCAAUGGCAAAACAUUGGAUUUCAAGGCGAGGAUCCAAAGACAGAUUUUAGAGGCAUGGGUACUCUAGGUCUGGAAAAUCUCAUAUAUUUUGCUCGCGAAUACAAUUCCACCGCCAAACACAUAUUAUCGCACUCCCAUCAUCCCAAGCAUGGUUUUUAUACCUCAAUUGACACCUUUACGCCUUCUGUGAGAUAUUCGUUUGCUAUUGUGGGCAUUAACCUGACACAUAUGGCUUACCGUCUCCUGAAUGAAGGAUGUGCCAAAAGCCACAUGUUCAAUGUGACCGAUGCCAAAGCCACCUUGGAUCAUUUCCAUCAUCUUUACUCGUAUCUUUUUGUCGAGUUUGACAAGUUUUGGUUAAGUGAAAAGCCCAGAGACAUCAUGGAGUUCAACCGAAUUCGUGAUCUUUUUGAAAACAAUGUGAGAACUCUUCUUGCGGAGCCCACCACUUGUCUGAAGAUCCAUAUUGCUGUGGAGAACGUUUAAUAACAUUUCUUUGUUUGCUUCAAUGCUAUCACUAUCAUCAUAUCAGCCAUAACUAAUUCUUCCUUCCUUCAUUGUGUUAAUUUGUGGCAGUACUGGGGCGGAAGAAUUUUGCAUUCUGCUGUAAAUUCGCUUCCCUACUCUUAUCUCAAAUUGGCCGUGGAGUUGACCUGGGUCGAAACUUGAGAUUGACGGUCUAUCUGAAUGUGCUUAUAAAAACUUAAGGUUAACAGAUCUACAGGUCGGUGCACCAUUUACGACAUAUGUCAAUGUAUUGGCGUGCGGUUUUAUAUCUAAGACAAACAAUCAGCUAAGACAUCAAUAUCCAGUUGCUUCCCUGACGGACUUUGGAUACUAAGCGAAUUAGUGAUCAACCCCAAAUUUAGCCUUGCUCAUCAAAUAAAGUGAACAAACGCCAAA